AUGGACCUGACAAGUGAACGGAAGUAUGUGCGUGCUGCAUCUCUUGUACGGAACUCACAUACACCAUCUCUACCUCCUACCAAUCCUGCACUGCAUGCUCGCAAACCUCGCUCUCAUAUGCCCUCACUGUCGCUGGUCUCGUCAGACAAGGAGCAUGAAAUACCUAAUGACUCACCAGCUCAACCAAUCAAGCGCCACCCAUUAGAACCACCAAUCAAGCGUCGCUUUUCGUCUAUCUUGUCAUUGACAGAUAGUGAUGGGGAUGACACGACAAAACCUGUCCAUGCAGCCAAGCGGCACCAUUCUCCACUUCCUCAGGCUCCCUGCCGUGUUUUACCAUGCCGCAAACGACUUCCUUCUGUUGACUCAUUCAAUCUUUCUGAUGCCUCUAACUCUCAUUCACUCUCAUCAUCUAUUUCAUCAAUGCACUCGACACUGAUUGUGAAGAAGGAGGAUUCAGGAAGUCUUCUUUCACACAGAUCAUCAAGCCAUGAUGCCAUCAUUGUUGAGAAAGUCACAAUCUGGCCUGUUGACUUUUAUGUGGUUGACAUCUCUCGGGGUUUCAAUGCUUGUCAAAGGGCAGUUGAUGGACGACGCAGUGUGGCAGAUGCAUUCAUUGGCCACUUUGGUGUACCGUUCAAAGCAUUGACAUUUUACGACAACCGCAAGGUGUGGGACUUCGAGCCCAACACAUCGCUUCACCAACAUUUCAUUGAUUACGGCCGAACGGAGAAAGGAAGCUGGACUUCCUUCAUGAAGAAGGCAAGACAGCCGCGCAAGUAG